AUGUUCGGGUUGGAGAAUCGUGUGGCGGACUUUGCGGCUCGGUACGGUAUCGACCCGCAGGGCAUGGUGGAGAUCGAGCGCAUGAUGCACGAGUUCGGGCACCGUGCCAAGGAACAAGAGGACACCAGUACGACGUCUGCUCUUCCGAUAAACGGCAACGUACAGCAGCAGACUCCCGCGACGAUCUCGACGCGUUCGAGCCAGCGGACGGGCACGACCAGCAGCAUACAGUCCGGCCCGAUGAAUGCCGCGCACAGCGACGCUGUGGAACAGCCGCGUAGCCGGCAGAACAGCGGCGGGGCGCCGGGGGCGACGUUGAACAAAUCUUUCAGCGGAGGUAGGACGAACUCUACUGACAAAAACACGCCUAGCAGUGCCGGUGGUGGUCAAAACAAAUCUUCGAGGGACAGCGGAAAUAAUAACGUGCUGCCCAUCGGGGGCACGAUUCGAUUUGGCGGCGACAGCAGCCCGACGGCACCGGAGUUUCUGAAAAAGAUGCACAAGCAAGCUGGUGGUGGCUUCAAAAACAAUAUGAAUUCGCCCAAUUUUUAUGACAGCAACGGCGGCGCGCUGUCUACUUCACAACAAGCGACGAACACAUCCACCGCGGACGGUGCAGCAAUUGCGGCUAGUGGUCAGCACGACCAAGACCAGGCAAUUCUGGCAGCGGCAAGAUUGAUCUACUUGCAGACCCAGCAGCACAGCGGUGCUGCCGAUCAUGGUUCCUCUUACGGCGCACCGGGUUUUUACAGUGGUGCACCAUCCGGACCUGCUCCUGGGACGACGAGCGCCGUGUACCAGCAAGCUGGCGUAGAAAAUAAGGCUGGCCUUGGUAUUUUUGGCCAACACCAGAACAACCCUAUGGCCGACCACAGUCUGGUGACGGCGAGCACGGCAACUGGAGGCCAUCUUCAGAGCGGCACGAGUUACGGAAUGAACGCAUCUUCCGCGACCCAGUUGUCCGGAGCAAGUGGUGUAGGACUAGCACUAGGAGGCCCCGCGGCGGGAAAUAAUAACAGUAAGCCCGUUCCUGCAGUGCAACAUCUCGAUCAUUCCCGCAGCUACAGCUACACGUCGGCCGGACCGUACUUGCCUGCUCCGCACGACCUUGAUCACAGCAGUGCCUACUAUGGCACAGCUGCAGGAGACCAUGUGGUCUACGGGGCUGGAGGAGGACCACACCAUGCUCAUCCACACUCGUACCACCAUUCUGCGCAGCAAAGCAUCAACACCCAGUUGCAGCAGUUGAGUCGCAGCGGCAUGCUGGCGAGCACCCAUGGCGCAGCAGCGGCAGGUGCAGUUGCCGGCCAUCAUCACUAUCCCGGAGCUGCGGGAGGGCAUCAUAAUCACCACGCCGCUUAUCACAAUGGAAAUCCGGUGGCGAGCAACACGGUGGGCAGUCACAGUCAGCACUACGGCAUGAACAUCAAUUCCCGAACCGCUGCGAGUGCGGGGCACGGACCCCAGCACUACGGGGGAGCGGCGAAUGUUGGCAUUGGCUCCUAUCACUCUAACAAUAUUUCGACGUACCCAGCCAACCAGUACAGUGGUAUGAUGACCGGCGCGACUGGAACUACGAACAGCAACAGCAUGCUGACCUCUUCUUGGGGCCACCAAAAUUCCGGCACGACCUAUGUGACCAGCGGUGGGAUUGUGCUGCAGAAGGGGGCGCGGCGGCAGAACAAAGACACGCCGUGUCGGCAGCGGCGCCGGGACCGCCGGGCGCGGGAGCGCGCGGAGAAGGAGCUCGCGGAGCUAGAAGAGAUUCUGAAGAAGGCCGAAGAAGAUGCGAGCGGUGCUGUGGAGAAUAAGGACAGCACGGGUGAACAAGCCUCCAAAUCUCCUGUGGUCGAUCUGGAGAAAAUCAAGAAGGAGGUAGAGCAGCUGAAAUCCUCUCUGAGCAAAAACGACACGGCAGCAUUGGUGGAGCGGGAAAAGGAUCUGAAGGAACAGCACGAAGGUGAGGACGAUCAUGAGAGCCCGCAGUCUGCUUUGGACAAAAAAUUGAUCAACUUAGUCGCGGUCGGGAACAACAAGCAAAUGCCUGGCAACGGCGCUGGUGCACAGAUAUUGAAGAAUAAUUCCGGCAAGAACAGCGAAACGGAGUCUGUCGCGACGAAUCCGGGUGAUUUGAGCAGCAAAAACGGAGGAUUUGUGACCCCGGUAGGUGGUGGAAACGCCGGCGGCGGUAGGAAUUAUACUUCAGCACAGCAGUACGCUCAACAGUACGGCGACAUGACGAAAACCCGGCCGCACGCGUCGCCGACGCCAACCUUCGCAACGCACAGCCCGGCCUCCAUCUCCCCGAUGUCCGGCCACUAUAAUUUUUACGGCGCGAGCCGCAGCAUGCCCCCGGGCAAAACCUCCUUUUUCGACCGCCCCAGCGACGUCGUCCUGACUGGCCGGUUCAGUCACACGUCCGGCAACACCUCUGCGGCCGGCGGUUGGAACAACAACGCCAGCAGCUACAGCCACCACCUGUCCGUCGGUUCUGCGCGAAACAGCCGCCUGGAGAAGCUGAGUCACUCCUCCACGCCGACGAACCGGAGCAAAAUGGCGCACCGCGAUGGAGGCACCUUCACGCCGCCUCCCGGGCUCGAGGACAUCAGUCAGGACCUGGCUGGCACGGACGCCGAAGCGGAGGACGUUUUGACGCGGAGCAUCCCCAUGGGCGAAGAAGAGAUCGUGCCUCUGCGGGGAAGUGCGCCUCCUGCCUUCCUCGGGACUGCAGGGACAACUACAAGGCCACCAGCUUCUUCGAACGAGUCCACACCCACGAACAAGCACAAGAAAGAGCUGGUGACCGCCUCUGAGCCGCCGGGCAUGGGCAUGUGGUCGCUCUGGGGCUAUAAUCAGGCAAAGGAGAAGACCGUUAAAGGUGGGACCAGCAAAAACGCGGAAGUUGCAGUAGGAGAGAGCACUGUUCUUGGCACAUCAACUUCCAAGCAACAAGCUGCGGUCAAGGGCAACAAGAACUACAUGUCAGCUUCUACCAUCAGCACCACGGUCAAAAAGGCCGCGCAACAAGAACACGCAGGUGAAGAUACGGCCAGCAGAAAUCUUGAUUUGCAUCAGUCCGCGCCGGGCUUCUUGCACAACGAAGCCUUGCUAUCGAAGCAGGCCGCGCUUCCGAGCCCGAAGAAUAGCAACCCGCGGCUCCACCAGUCCAACAAAUCUUCUACCAGCUCUACGGUGACCACGACGCAGCAGCGCGAAAUCCUGCAGUCCUCGGACCCCACUGGCGGGGUGAUGACGCUUGCGAAGAGCCGCAAAAAAGCCGAGUCGGACGUGGCCCCCUUUGGAAGUGCAGCGAACGGCAGUCUGCUUUUGUUCGAAAGCGCGCCUGCGGGUGGCAGUGGACUUCUGACUCAGGAGGGAGGGGGCGCUGGCUUCAUUAGUAGCGCGGUUGGAACCGGAGCACGAACUGCUGGCGGGGCAUCAAAAAGCAACGGAGAAGCCGGCGCAGCCGAUCACACCGGCGACGAGGACGAGGAGGAGGAGGAGCUGCCGGCGGGAUUUCGCCACUCAGUGUCCGAACCCGUGCCGGUUUCCGCCACGCACGCAGCGGUACUGAACGGCCUGUAA